CCUGAAUUGGGGUGUGCAGGGAUGCUUUCCCACUGCUGAACUACCACAAUGCUCCGUGUUUUCCUAAGUGUGGCAACCCAGUGGUGAUAAGGUGAUUUCUUUGACUUCAAUCAAUUUUUUGUGGGGGUGGCCACACUUGGCUCUGCAUUCAGGAAUCAUUCCUGCUGGUGCUCAGGCGCCCAUAGGGGAUGCUGGGGAUCAAACCCAGGUUGGCAAGGUAAGCCUUGCCUUACACGCUGUAUUAUUGCUCCAGCCUGGCUUCAAUUAAUUUUUGUGACAUGCAUAGUGAUAUUUUUAUCAAGAAAAUCUUCUUAGCAUGUUCCACUCUAGAGCUGCCCACAUCCCAUCUUGAGUGUCUAGUACUUCUCUUUUGGAAUUCCCUGUUCUUCUCUCAGUCACCUGUCUUCUGUACUUUCUAAAUAAAACUAUUUUACUAAAAAGAAAAAAAAAGGAAGAAGAAAAAGAAAUGCUCUUUGGACUUUCCUGGAUGAGUAACAGUGAAUUUUACUAGUUCUCUGAAUAACUUGUGAAUAAUCCAGUGCACAAAAAAAGGCUCAGGGUCCCAUAGGUUGCUUACUGGUUCUUUAGCUCUAACAGCACAUUGUCUUGCAAAAGAUUCAGAUGGGAAAAUGCCAUAUGCCGGGAAACAGUGCCAGGUUAAGUUCACAUAUUUCAGAUUUCUUUCAUUUGUUUUUCUCACUUUGACAAGAACUGGGGUGAGGUGGGAAGGUCAGGAAUUAUUUGCCCAGUUCACAAAUGAGGAGGGUGAACAUGAGAUCACAGAAAGGGAGGUGCUUUGUCUUGGGGACUGGAUGCUAGUUAGAUCCUAGACCUUGAGUUCUCUCUUUAUAAUGCUCCCUCUGAAUGUGAAAAAGAUCGCCAGACUCAGGCACUUUGUUGGCAGCUAGAACCAGAUGACAACCGUUUUGAAGCCUGGGGCAUGCUAAGUCUGGCACCUGUGCUGAAGGAGGAGAACCCUGCACCAGCACUGGCCAUCUCCCCCCCUCACACCUGUCAAAGGCGAUAAGGAAAGCAGAAGUAGCCGCAGCUGUGGUCCUAGCAGAUAAAACAUUUAGGCGGGAAGUGGAAUGACAAGUGAACUUGUAAGUGCAUAUUUGUGCUUUUAACUGUCAGUUGCUUUUGAUAUUUUUUUUAAAAGGCUGUUUGCAGAAGUCAGACCAAAUAGCAGGAAGGUAGAGAAGCAAGAUGGAUUUGGGAAAGGACCCGUCGCGUCUGGCGUUGCAGAACACACCUGCUCCUCAGCAAGAACAGAACCAUGUUCCAGAAUUUAUUGGACGUUGGAAUUUGCGAAACAGAGAACAACUCAGGAAGAGAAAAGCGGAAGCCCAAGAGCAGCAGACUUCACAACUGCAACUCAGAGGACAGAAAAAAUGCAAGCGGCAGAAAACCGGAAAAGAAAAUGAAAGAAGAGGCAGAAAGAAACAAAAUGCAGAACCAAAGGUGGUGCCGGAGUCACCACUAAAGGAGAAGGCUGAGAAAGCAGCAGCAUGUACACAGGGAGAAACUGAGUCACCUAUGGAUGUUGCUGAAACCCCCGUUCCAGUAGCACCUCCUCCAGAAGCUGUGCCUGAGAAACAUUUGACUGAAGUAGGCCAAAAAAGCAUUACUCAUCAGGAAGAUUCUUCUGAGAACCGAGAAAUAGUGGUGCAAAACCAGCCUUCUGAAAUUUGCCAAGAGAUGGCUGAACCUGAGGACCUGGCUCCAAAAAUGUGCCAAGAAAUACCUGUACCUCAAGAUCCGCCUUUCAAAAUGUGCCAUGGCACAGCUGAAACUGAAGAUCUCUCUCCACAAACGAGCCAAGACGUAGAUAUACCCAAGGCCCCUCUUCCGGAAACAUCUAAAGAUGUCCAAGAUGUAGAGAGAUGCGUUGAGACAUGCCCUGACAUAGAUGUAUCUGAAGGCUGCCAUCCUGACUUACAGCAAGAAAGAGUUGAACCUGAGGAGUGGAAUGUUGAGCCAGAUCAGGAACUAGCUGAGACAGGAACCUACUUCCCAAACACACAACUAGAAAUAGCUGUGCCUAAUGACCUCUCUAGAAAAGAGUACUCAGAACCUGAUCUACCCGAAUGCUCUUCUCACAAAAUGUACCAGGAAACUGCUGGGCCUCAGUCCCUCUCUGAUAGAACAAACCAAGAAACAUCCAAGACUGAAGAAUAUCCACUUGAAAUAGAUGAAGAAACACCUGGGCCUGAAGACUGUGCCCUUGAAAUGUACCAGGAAACACCUAGGUCUGAAGUUUGUGCCCCUGAAAUGUACCAAGAAACACCUGGGCCUGAAAAUUGUGCCUCUGAAAUGUACCAAGAAACACCUGGGCUUGAAGUCUGUGCCCCUGAAAUGUACCAGGAAGCCCCUGGACCUGUAGUCUGUGUCCCUGAAAUGUACAGGGAAACCUCUGGGCCUGAAAUCUGCGCUCCUGAAAUGUACCAGGAAACAUCUAGGCCUGAAUAUGGCUCCCCUGAACUAUAUCAAGAAACACCUGGACCCGAAGAUCUUUCUACUAAAGCAUAUACACAUCAGGAUGUGCCUACUGGACGCUUCCCAGAAGCAAACCAAGAAACAGAAAUAAAAGAAAAACCCAAAGCAGAAGACUCGGAGACAUCAGCAAGUCCAAACGUUCCUCAAGAAUCUCAUCCAGAACAAGACAUCUUUAGUUAUGUUUUGUUUUAGCAAUGUUCAACCAUCAUAGCUUAAAA